AUGAUGGACGGCCGAUGUGAUGAGCUUCGCAAGGUGGGCUACACCAACUUUUUUGUGUCGAUUCUCAUCAUCAUCGGCAUCUUGUUCUCUUACCUCCUGCAACAUUACCGAAUCAUAUCGCGCGGCACGUCCGAGGGUAUUUCGCCAUACUUCGUGCUUCUAGGCGUUACCAGUGCCAAUUCGCAAUUCGGAAACAUUUUGGUCUUGCCUCAAUCUCGAGCCGAUAUCGGUUGCUGCAAGGAAGUUAGUCCCUUCGAAUGCGCUGCGGGACUGCUAGGCAUUGCUCAAAUUGGCGUACAAUGGAUAUGUUUUGGAAUCAUUCUCGUCCUCUUCCUGGUCUUCUUCCGUCGCGAGGAUGCCGAUGUUGAUGAGGACGAGCUGGAGCUUGACCCGGACCAGCCGACAUGGCGCACCGCCAUUGGCGUCGCUGUCUUGUGCCUUGUGCAUGGCCUAUUCGUAGUUAUCAUUUCUGCCUCCUUUGCGCUUGGCGCUCCAGAUUAUCUCGGUGCUUGGGCAAACGUGCUUGGGAUCAUGUCUGCCGCGUUGGCCGCUAUUCAGUACCUACCUCAGAUCUGGAUCACUUACAAGCUCAAGCACGCGGGAAGCCUCAGCAUUCCAAUGAUGUGCGUACAAACACCGGGCGGCUUUCUAUUUGCAGGCAGCCUGGCAGCGCGGCUCGGAUGGGCCGGUUGGAGUUCGUGGGGGGUCUAUGUUCUUACGGCAGUGAUGCAGGGCAUUGUGCUGACCAUGGCCAUCGGCUAUGAGUGGCCUUCACAUCAAGCGCGCUCUCUGACUCCGGAGCGGCCAGCGUACAGCAGACGCACUACGCCUCGCGGCCUCCCCAGUCCCGGACCGUACUCGGCACAUCUGCAAGCCUAUGCUGAGACACAAGAAGAAAUCGAACAGGCAUUGGACCGGGAAAGCGUGCAAGGGCUGGGGGAGAAUCAACCUCUCCUGGCGCCCAAUGGGAUCGGAAGCUCAGGUGUGCGGUAA